AUGCCAAGCAUAUUCACCAACGACACCUCACGGGGUCCGCUGUACCAGUACUGGAAGGAGCGGGGCCAAGAAGAAAAGGCGCUCCGUGAACAGCGCAUCCAAGAAGCCCGACUCCGCAGCAAAGGGUUCCGCCCCAUGGACCCGGCGUUUGGACCGAGCAGCACAGAGUCUUACGCCCACCGAGCCGCGAGCGGACCACCGGCUUACGGUCACGAAUCCGUCGACGCGGAGGGAAGAAGUGAGGGCUCCUCCUCCUCCUCCGCGGCUGCGGUGCGACAACAACAGCAACAACAAGGAGGAUCUGCUGGUGCCGUCGUCGACGACAACGAACUCCCCUCAUACGGCGCGUUGACAGGAAGACGGUCCGAAGACCUCACAGGCGCGGGCGGCGAAGACCCUCUCCUCCCUGCCGAGGAAGAAAAGGCCCGCCUGCGCCGACUCGAGGACCAGCGGCGCCAGAUCCAGGCGGACUCGGCGCUCGCCCAGAGCCUCUCUACCGAAGACGAAGAGGUGGCGACGAAGACGCCUGCCCAGGCUCCCGAGAUCAAGGGCAUGCCACCGGACGACCGGCGCAAGAGCACGGCGGGCAAGAUCGGGCGGUGGUUGGCCGAGGCGGCGACGGGUUAUACGAACAAGCAGGAACGGUGGUGA